AUGCAGUCCGGGCAACUCAGCAAGUCUCUAGAGGCAUUAUUUUACGUGUACUCACAGCUGGAUGCCUCAGGUAUUUUGGAAGCGCAGUUUCCCAACAGUGACACGUUCUUUGAAGGUGAAAUCAAGAACAUCAAUUACUCGUACCUCAAAUUUCUCGAUGCCCACCCUCAACUAGAGGACUCUGAGAAAACGUCACUCGGGGAGAAGUUCCAAAGCGAGUCCUACGAAUCCGUCUAUGAAGUUUUCCAUGAUCUCAAGUUGGCCUGUAUCACUAAGAUAUUGGAAUAUGAGGACAACCCGACCUUAUAUGCAAAAACGGAUCAGUUCUACAAAAUAUCGGUGGAGAUGUUGUUAAGAGAGGCCAUAAGACUAGGGGCGGCUCUCAAAAAGACGAAAAGCCCCGCAGAAGCAGAGGCAAAGGAGGAAGUGAAGGAAGACGCUGGCGGAGGGGCCAAAUCCACCGAGGGCACCCAUACAGAACAAUCCAACGAUAGUAAGAUUCAAACACAGUUAUCGCAGUUGAAGCCCAUUGAGUCGACAGAUAGCUUGGGUGCGAUGUUAGAAAAAGAUUUCGACAUAAUAACCUCCACCUUCUACACGAGCACCGGUAAGGCGUUGUCAAUUUUUGCCUCGGGAAAUGUACCGUUCUUUUCGUCUUUGAACAGCCUGAAAUCUGAUUUGGAUGACCGUGAGCCAAUCAUUGACCCGGCUUUGGGCAUCACACUCACUAACGUCAUCCCUAAUGUAUCAUUCCCUACCGAUGAAAAGCUAUCGAAGUUCACCAACCCUGACGCCAAAAUCCCCAACAUAAGGCAGAUCUUGGAAAAUUACAUGCACCCCAAUUGGCUCAGAUUGAUAUCUUCGCAAUGGCUCAAACAUGGUGAUGGCUUAUCAUCUCUCAACUUUAGUUUUGCUCCGACUUACGAUGAAACACAGUCAAUUAUCUCAAAUGACUGGAAAGGGUUGACCUGGUGCCAACAGAUAGGUUUUAAGAAAUUGGUUGAUGCAAAAAGCAGAUACGAUGAUCUACUUGCUUUGCAACAGGCAAGUGAAAAGAAAGAAACCAAACUGGAGGAAGACACAAAAGUUGAAAAAUCUGUAGAACCUGAGGACUCAAACAUGGAGAAAGUCACCAAAGAUGAAGAAGUCACCACAGCCAACGAUGAUGUUGAUAUUUCAGACGAUGAGAGUAAGACUGAAAAGGAAGAAAACGGUGAGAAAGACGAUUCAUCUGAUAGUAUCGACCAUGACCCAGACAGCAGAGAAAAGAUAGACUUAGCUAACGUACUUUUGUGGGAUGCAAAUAAAGUAGUCGCCGAAGAUGAAGUCAAAGCAGUCAAAGAAAACAAAGUGCAAGCCACUGUCAGUGACUUAUUGAAUGACCUUAGCCAGCUCCGUCAAGACAGAAUUGACCGUCAAAAGAAGCAUGCCCGCUACAACAAAAACAUCUUAGGUACUGGCAGCAGGAUUUUUAAGCCUUCAAAUGAAGAGUUAAAGUUAUACUUUAAAAUAAAAAGGCUUCUUACUGGGUUGAUUGAAGCCAAAGACAUCAAUCCUAACCAGAUAGAUAUUGAGAUCGACAAAAGAUUACCCGUCCUACAACAUACUUACCAAGGUACGUUACCAGCCUCCUUCGGCGUCUCUAACCAGAAGACCUCAAAAUCCAAGAGGAAGAGGUGA